CCGAUGCAAAGAUAUGCCGCUAACAGGCUGCUGCGAGGAGCCGCUACAGUGAAGCGCCGGUGCCACCCGGGAAGGGCCGACCUUCAGCCAAUCGCAGUGCGCGCGUAUGUGACCAUCUGCUCAUCGUUCAGCUCGUCCUCCUCGUACCCUCCUCUUGAUCAUCAUGUCGCUUGCUAUUUCUACCUCAGCGUUAGUCAGUGCAGGACGACGCACAGCGUUGCGCCCCCAGGUCGGUGUCUACGGGCUGACAGCGCGAGCGCUGCAUAAUUCGACCCCUGCACCACCACCAGGGCCCAUCCCCACGUCCUCUACCGACCCCUUGAACCCCAUCACGCAGAUCGCGAAGACUGGUUCGAAUCAAUUGAGUUUGGAGACUCCGCAGAACAGGGCUGAAUAUGUUUUGUCCACGCUGGACAAGGUUGCCAACUGGGCGCGAGAGUCGUCAAUAUGGCCAAUGACGUUCGGUCUUGCAUGCUGUGCUGUGGAGAUGAUGCACAUGGCGGCAGCACGGUACGAUCAGGACCGGUUGGGAGUUGUGUUCCGUGCUAGUCCUCGGCAGUCAGAUAUCAUGAUUGUCGCUGGAACGCUGACCAACAAGAUGGCACCUGCACUGCGCAAAGUGUAUGACCAGAUGCCAGAACCCCGAUGGGUGAUAUCCAUGGGAUCGUGCGCAAACGGUGGAGGCUAUUAUCACUAUUCCUACUCUGUCGUCCGCGGUUGCGAUCGGAUUGUUCCGGUCGAUAUCUACGUGCCUGGUUGCCCCCCGACUGCGGAGGCGCUUCUCUACGGCAUGCUGCAGCUGCAGCGCAAGAUGCGGAAAAGCAGGAAGGGCGUGCUUUGGUACCGAAAGUAGCGAGCAAGCUUGACCGAUUUAUCUGGGUGUGGGGAGGGAAUUUACCACGCGAUUGCCGGUACUGCAGUACAUAUCAUCCUCAUGUGUAGCCUACAGAGUCGCGUAGAGAGUAGUACAGGACGAAUGAUGAGCUAGAACACGAGCGGUAUGCAUUGUGAUCGGUCGAGGGUUCGCG